UCUUGUCAUCAUGGUUGUCUUGUCACCGACUUUUAUUGACAUUGACAGUUGCUUUCGAAGUGGCGAAAGGUGACUGCGUGGAGCUUACUUUCAUACAGCACUUUUCAAAAUGAAUAUUCCUAUAUCACAAGAAUACACUUCCAAAGCAGAAGAUAUAGCCGACCAAGUGAUUAGAAAGCUCAAACAUGUAUUACCUACUGCAGCUCGAUUAUGUCUCAUAUCCACCUUCUUGGAAGAUGGCAUUCGAAUGUGGGUACAAUGGUCAGAACAAAGGGAGUAUAUGAAUAUGUCAUGGGGCUGUGGAUUCUUUCUAGCUACAAUAUUUGUAUUAGUUAAUCUCAUUGGACAGCUUGGUGGGUGUGCUAUGGUUAUAUUUCGUUACAAGGUAACCAUUGCUUGUGGAGUACUAUUUUUCAUCGUAGUUUUACAGACUGUCGCCUACAGCAUUCUUUGGGAUUUUCAAUUUCUCAUGAGAAAUUUGGCCUUAAUUGGAGCGCUUCUAUUGGUUCUAGCUGAAAGUAGAGGAGAAGCAAAAAGCCUUUUUGCAGGUGUUCCAUCUUUAGGGGAGAAUAAACCUAAAAAUUAUCUUCAACUUACUGGAAGAAUACUCUUAGCAUUCAUGUUUAUCACAUUGAUUAGAUUUGAAUUCACCUUUCUACAAAUUGUUUUAGAUCUUUUAGGCUCAGCCCUGAUGGUUUUAGUAACAGUAGGAUAUAAAACCAAACUGUCGGCCCUUAUUUUAGUUAUUCUUUUGACAACAUUGAAUAUUUACCAUAAUGCAUGGUGGAACAUUCCUGAUUAUAAACCUCUGAGAGAUUUUCUCAAGUAUGAUUUCUUCCAGACUUUAUCUGUAAUUGGAGGCUUGCUGAUGAUUGUAUACUUAGGUCCUGGUGGUGUUUCUAUGGAUGAUUACAAAAAACGAUGGUGAAAGGGCUCUAUUUUUUAUUGCUUCACAGAGCUCUGUUUCCAUUUUGUGACUGACUUUUCUUAUUGACAAUGUACAGAUUCUCUUUUAACUAUCAACUUUAGUGUUCCACAUCCUAAUGUUGAUCAAAAAUAUUUGAUGUUUUGAAGAAAUAGUCCCGCCACAAAAAUAUUCAUCAUAUUAUAGAGUCUAUUCUAUUCAAAUAUACACAUGGGAGAGUGAUUGUAAAUAUUUACACUAAGCUUAAAAUGAAUAUGUUUGUCUUUUUACAUGAUAUUGGCAAUCAAUGGUUAUUGAAAAGGCCAUUGAUUACCAGCUCAAAAUGAAAUUUUGUUACAGAUUGAGUAUUGGUUGAGUUGUGAAUUAAUAAAAUAUUUUUACAUAUCA